GUACGUAAUCACCCGACCAAUCCAUUGCAGUUAUCUUCCGAUCAGGAGAAUGCAGCCGGCAGAAUACGAGUAUCAACGCGUCUACCCCACAUUUCUUCCACCGAACUCGUAUCAUCUUGGCCCGUGUGAAAUAGGCGCAUUGGGCCCCACAUUCUACCAUCCCUGGAGCCUGCUGGCGUGGCAAUCGACACUUGCAUACUAUAUAUAUCAUCCUUGGCACUGGCAGCUAUGACCAGUUGCGGAGCCACACUUCUUUUCCACGGUGGGUCAUAAUGUCAGACUACCAUCCACCAAACGACCUUGAAGAAGUUGUUAACUCUGAAGUCAAAGAAUGGCACUUCCAUAUCUACUUCCAUCAGCGCAACGCUGAUCAGCACCAGGCUGCGUUGGAUUUACGUGAUGCUGUCUUGCGUCUAAGGCGUGAUGGAGCGUUCGUCGCUGUUCCAUUAUUUCGCGUGAACACCGACCCCAUCGGCCCUCAUCCCAUUGGUUCAUACGAGAUCUGGGUACCUUCGACCUCGUUUUCCUCUGUAUUUUCGUUCCUUUGCAUGAACAGGGGUAGUCUAAGCAUACUCGUACACCCGCUGACCCGUGAAGCGAGAAAGGACCAUGAGCUCCGGAAUGCGUGGAUCGGCCCUCCAUUCCCUCUCGAUCUAUCUACUCUCCCGGUGAAGACUGAAGAGUUACCUAUACAAUAUCCGAGUGUGAAACUUGGCUACUCUGCACCAGAACCCGAGUUUACCCUUGAUCAGCGCCGCCGCAUAGGUGCCAACCUCGAACGCAUCCUGAAGGGCGAGAAGGAAGCUGCCAGGGCUCCCAUGAAUUAAUGAUCUGAGCCAUCUGAGCGAUUGGAGGAGUUGUGGUGACGUUUUAUGCGUAUUGAGUUACGAUGUUUGUUUGUUCUGCGAAUGACAUGAGCUAUAUAUAUAUUUGGUGCCGCUG